AAAAUCUAUUUAACUGUCAAAGUGACAAGAGGAAUUUACGCGGCUAUUACUUUUCGUUGUUUUUAUUUUUCUAUUAAACAUUUUAUCAUGACUGAAGAACAAAAUUUCGAAGAUGUAGAUAUAUCAGAUAUAAUGGACGAUGCGGAACAUUACCCAGAUAGCGAUCACCAAACAGAAUUUCAUAAUACAGAAUCAAAUGAUUUAGAAAACCAACACAAUGAACAAAGUUCCGAAAUAUUAAACACAGAGGAACAAGUUGCUGAAAAAAACGCCCAGAGAAGUGAAGUUAUCAGAUCUACGAGAUUACCUAUGGCUAGGAUAAAAAAUAUAAUGAAAAUGGACCCAGACGUCAGUGUUGUAUCCAGCGAUGCUGUAUUCUUGGUUACUAAAGCGACAGAAUUAUUUUUAGAAACAAUAGCUAAGGAGACAUAUGCAUACACCUCAACAAAUAAAAGGAAAAUUAUAUCAAAGAAGGAUUUAGAUCUUAUUAUAAACAAAGUUGACUGCUUGUGCUUUCUAGAAGGUGCUAUGGACUUUUAAUGAAUGGUGACCGUUGAAACUAAAGCUUUGCACACAUGUCUUUAUGUAGGGAUGGUGGUAGUGACUUGUGAUCUACACAAUAAUUUAAAAAAAAAGAAGUAAACACAUAUGUUCAUAGUAUGUUAAGAUCACAGGACUUUGUAUGUUGAAAGUGAUUUGUCCAUAAGAAUUUAUUAAAAUGUCAUCUUGCCACCUCCUGGAAGCAUGACCAUGUGUCCCAAAGCAUGAAGCUGUAUAUAGUUGAUUGAUUAAUUGUAAAAUAAAAUUGGAUUAAAUCAUUA